AUGACCGGCUUACACGCAACUAUACCAAAUUUUGGCGCUAUAAGAAGCACGCUGGUCGAGGAAGCGGCCCGAGGAAACUAUGAAGACAUCUUUCAGAUGUUGAUAAACGGAUCAGACAACAUGCUUGCGGACUUGGCCCACUUGCCCGCUGCUGAGGGUUACCUUCAAGUUUUGCAUCCUGAUUCUCCUCUUUCCUGGGCGGCUCGGAAUGGAAAUUUGGCCAUUGCCAAGUUGCUUUGUGAGAGAGGGCUUGUUUAUCACCAUAACGAUUAUUCAAAUGCUCUUUGCUUCGCUGCCCAUGGAGGCCAUAUGACUAUGGUCAAGUUCCUCAUCGAUAAAGGAGCUACACCUUAUGAUAUGACUUUUCACGCAGCGGUAUCGGAUCGUUGUGAGGAUAUCUUUCGAUUUCUUUUGGACAAAUAUCGUUCUGAAAUAGUCGAAUCUGAGAUUGUCUUUAUGUUGUGGAAGACUGCCUUGUUCUGCGGUCAGUAUAACGCCAUGAGAAUCUUGCUCGAUGCCUUUAUUGAGCGCUUAAGCGAGGAAUCGAAAAGACAAAUGUUGCUGGAACUCUCGGGGCAAAGGCCGAGUUACCAUGAUCCAAGCUGCUUCUGUGUUGCGCUAGCACUUAUCCAAGCAGGACCGGUCAACGCUGACUACCUAGAUUGGUCAUUGGUAUCAGCAUCUGGGCAUAGGGAUGUAAAGUUCUUGCAGCAGCUUUUCGAGGCCGGUGCGGACCUCGAAUGUAGUAGUCGAGAGCUGAACGGGUCGACACCUUUAUCCCAGGCCGUGGUCUUCGGUAGGAACGAUAUUGUUGGCUUUUUGCUCAGCCAGUGUGCCGAUCCGAACCGCGUUGGGUAUGAAGGGCGGCCACCUCUCCUACACGCCGUGGAACACGGUUACAAGAUGUGCAUGAAGGCUAACUCGCCGGAGUUGGAUGUACUACUCGAUUUGGGCGCCGAUAUAGACCUUGUCAACAACAAGGGCCAAACGCCGAUCCUGAUGACGGUCGAACGUUAUGGUAUGGAUGGUAUUCGGUACUUGGCCAGCAGAGGAGCCAACAUGCGCAGUAAGUCUCUGAUUAUCAUGGCUCUCACCUACAAAAAGCGCGCGGACCAGGCGAAAAUGCUCGAAAUAACGAAGCUGCUCCUGGAGUUGGGCGCGGAUGUUGACGCGCCAUUCGAUCGUCAAAGACCCUUGGAAGCCGGCCUACAUCUCGCAAUGUUUCCGGUGACGAAAGAGCUGGGCACCUAG